AAGCGCUUAACAGAUAAACAUAUUUUUACCAUACGUCAUUGCUUACGGCAGUUGCGAUAUCCUCUAGCCUUCCCUACGCGUUCCUUUCUUUCUACAGAAGCUGUUUUCGCCUGUGUUUGGUCAUCACGACGUAGACGCUUGGCGACGUACAGACUGCCCUGUGCUUUGGGGUUUUCCAGAGAGAAAUGGCCACUGCAACUGGAACCUGCGUUUUGUGCAACUUAACCGUUACAGAGCAAGAAUACAGGCGGGAGAUUGAUUGCCCAAGCCAGUCGUGCCCCGGACGCGUGUACCACGAGGACUGCAUUGCAGCGUACCUGAAGCGGACCAAGUAUAGCAAAGACCGCUGCACCGGCUUUCCGUGUCCCGCAAUCCUGUCGAACGGCAAGCCAUGCCCUGGUUACGUCUGCAAGAUGCACACAUUCUUUCCAAGCAACCCAAAGAAGAAGCAGGCACGUUUGGAGGCAGCUGUGGCUAACGCAGCUCUUGCCAAGGCACGGCCUGCAGCUGCUGCCCCCAAGCCCAAAGCCGGCGCUCAGGUCGCCAUCGCUGCCAUGAAGCGUGCAGCGCCCGAGGGUGCCGCACAGCAGCCUGUGGCGGUGAAGGCUGCCAAGCCCCUCAGCGGCAUCACCAAUACGGGCAAUAACAACAUCCGGCCUGUCAACAUUGAUAAGCUCAAGCCCGCGAACCAGGAGCAGCGCAUCAUUCCUGGUCUCAGCGGACCCAUCCAGAACCUUUCUACGCGUGAGGCCCUGCGCGCUGAGGUGGCCAAGCUCCGGGCCGAGGCCAAGAACCCGACGGCUAACAGCAGCAACAACAAUGUCAACAACAGCGCCGCACGUGUGAUCACCGGGGCUUGGUUGCAGUCAAGAGUUGGCGUCGGCGUCGGCGGCAACGCAAAAUCGGAUAAGGGCAACGACGAGGAGCCGGAACGGACGCCGCACGCUGCCACGCUUUGGGACGCUUUUGCCAAGGCCCCAGGCUUGGGCAAGGACCUGAAUUAUUUCCAGUUGGCCCAUACUACCCGGAACAGCGGGGGCAAGUUCAGCGCCAGGUUACGCAAACGGCUGGAUGGCGAGUCUUCGGCCACGACGUUUCCCAGCAACGACGGUACCAGCUCCGACUGCGACUCUAUUGGAUCUCCUUCCACUGCCAGGGACAUGGAAGAAUUUGAUGUCCACUCUGGCUUCGAAAGCCGCGCCGGUUCACUAGCAAUCAGCGGAGACGACUUCCCCGCCCUCACUCCCACCAAGGCCAGCGCCACCAUGCGUACCGACCCCCUAUCGGCGCUUCAGGGCGCCUGCGUGGGCCCCCAGACCGAGACCGCCGGCAACCUCGCCCUGCUCCCCGCCAGCACAGCAGACAGCGACCCAGUAGUCGAGUACGAUAUGGUGUACGGCAACGAAGAUGGCUCCUACCUGGUCCUUGACGCCGUUUCCAACAUGUACUACCUGUUGACCGAUGUGUACGGCGACUCGGCGGAGCUGAUUGAGUGCAUGGCGGAGGACGGCAACCUCUACACGUGCGUCGCGGUCCGCCGGUCGCAGCUGGAGAUGCGCACCGAGCUGCAGCGCGCCUGGAUUCAGGCUCAGGUUGAUGUCCAACCCGCACAGGUUGCGACCGAGGCGGAUUUCGGCGUUGCUGCGGUGGCGGCUGGUGCUCCUGUAAUGCCCGCCGAGUAUGUGUACGGCUGCGGCGAGGCUGGCGCAUGUACUGCUGCGGCCGCUGCGGUGGAGGAGCGUGGGGUUGGAUAUGAGGCUGCCGAGGACACGGAUGUGGAAUCCCUGAUGCAGCUGCUGUGCGUGUAGAGGCUGUUGGGGCCCCUAGCUUGUAGGGACAAAAUUGGCUACACAUUUGGCAAUGGGGCUGCAUGCGUUGCCAAAUGACAAGCCAAGGAUAUGGGCUAUAACACCAGUGGGCAGUACCGAAGUGAAAAACCGACGCAUGGUGUGGAAUGGGCACGGCGUGCUGAGGGGCAGCCCGUAACUUGUUGCUUGAGCGUUAAGAACAUGCUCAUGCUGUUAUCUGGAGGCUGGGGACCCAUGCAAACACUUAGGUACUACUGCUCCCACUAAUGUUUCUGCUAUCGAAUGCGGUCAUAGCAGCAAGCCCUCGAUGGAACGGAUAUGUUUACCCCUGCGGUAUGAAAAUUUGCGACCCUGACAUCACUUGUUUGUCCAUGUUUCUUGACGACCGGCAUUACCGGCUGUUCCAGGCGCUUUGUUUCAUAACUUAAGGAAGCCGAUUUAUCGAGUAGAGCUUUUUUUAGCGAUGUAGCCUUAUCUGCGCAUGGUAUCUCUUCAUAUCCGGUUGCAUGGUGUAUAGAUACUCGGGCAUCGACUCGAGGCAUAACCACUUACAACCUAACACUUGAGCAUGCAUGUAACCGUCUUACAACGUCAC